AUGUCCCUAUGUGCUUCACUCCACAUCUUUGGGAGAAGAGUGCACCGACUAACCUGGCACAACGGUAAAAUCCCAGAAAAUGAGAUAUGGGUCAAGCUUGGAGGGGACAAGGGAGGAGGGAGUUUUAAAAUGACCUUCCAAAUCGUUAACGUCGACCACCCAAAUUCCCCUAUCAACACCUGUGCGUUUGAAGCUCCUGACAACGCAACCAACCUCAAGAUAGCACUACAGCGCUUCCAGGACCAGGACGAGAUCGACAACCUGCACAACAAAACGUGGAGAGGAAAGAAUAUUCGAGUGUUUCUCAGCGGAGACUAUGAGUUCCUGUGCAACAUAUUUGGCUUGUCAGGUGCUGCAGCAUCCGAUCAGCUGAGGACACCACCCACCACAGUUGCAAGUAGAAAUAUAGGCAGCUUGUUGCAGGACCACCACAACUUCAUUGCCGCCGGUGGGAUACCAAGCAGAGUUUGCCCACCAGGGCUACAUAUAAGUUUGGGAAUAUUCUACCGCCUCUUCCAACUUCUAGAGGACGAGUGUCAUCAACUUGACAGGGCUGUAAGAGACGAACGAGAUAGUCGCGAGAAGGGUGGUCCCACAUACGCUAACUAUAUGGAUGACUUUGCUCGAGCCAGGACCCUCAGGGAUGAGCUAGACAGAGCAAAUGAUGAAGUGGCUCAACUCAACGAACUGGUCGCCUUGCUUGUGGUGUUCGCCGAGGGUGAGGAGGAGGAUGAUCCUGAGUUGCGAGCCCUCCGCUCUGAGAUUGAGAAGAAAGCUCGGCAGGCAAAGAAACUAGACACUGAGUGCGGCAAACUGGAUGCUGUGAUCGCAAAGGGCUUCAAACGAAAGGAUGGUCCCUUUGUCAGAACCCUAGAUGCUGCUCUGGAGGGUUUCAAUGUGAGAAGGCAGUCCUACUAUGGUGGAACAUUCGUGGGAAACCAUGUUCACCUAACGCUUGAGCCUGACAACAUACAUCAGCUAUGUAACUCAGUAGUGGUGGAGGCAAGAAAGUAUACCCCUACCAUUAACCAGAGAGCUGAGAAGAUACAGAGGACGUUUUCUGUGGUGUUAAAUCUCUUCAGUAAGUGCCACAACAUUUACAACCAGAAUGCCGUCACAGAGGAGGACAUUGCGUCCCUAGGUCUGAACAUCUCAAGUUUCAUGACGUUCUAUCGGGAGCAUUUUCCUUAUGCGACGGUAACACCGAAGAUGCACAUGCUGGAGAAACACGUGGUCAACUGGCUUGAUGAGUGGCAGGUGGGAAUAGGGCUCAUGGGAGAGCAAGGGGCAGAGAGUAUCCAUGCCUACUUCAACAACCUAAAGAUAACGUACCGGAGUAUCCCGAAUGGUGUUGAAAGGCUUCGAUGCAUGAUGAAGAAACACUUCGUCCACAUCGCACCAUCCACCGUCGCAUGCAGACCUCCACCUAAGAAGAGACAAAAGAAGAGCUUAUGAUUUAUUUUUUUAUUUGUUAAUGUUAACUGUACUGUAUGAUAAACAAUAAAAAGUGUCAUUUUAAAAUGGUUUUAACUCGCUGAAAAGAAAAAAGUACAGUACGAUGCAGCUAUCAAUACAUACCUGAGAGCUUCCUUUAUAAUGUACUGGUUGUUACUUGUCUUUAGAAACGCUUUUGUUGACAGAAGUGCUUCUCUACUGGAGACGCCAUACAACCUUGCCCAAAACCAUGUACUGAACAAGCAACUACAACACGUGCUAAGAUAGCCUGAUUUUUAUGAAACUACCAUCAAUGGAAAGUACAGAGUCUGUACUUCCUGCAUAGCCACAUUUUACACAUACUUGGGAACUCCCCUUCCCAUGGGGAUACUGAUACUCCUAAGACCGGACCCAUUUCUACUGGCUUGUGGUUUUGAAGGAAUGUUUAUCUUGUCAUAAUCAUGUAGUACAUCCUGAUAAACUAAGUGGUGAAAUUUCAUUGUUGUGAAACAGCGGUGUAACCUAGGUGGCCAAGAACUACGAUCCGUGCCAGUAUAAUCAGCUUUUUCACCGAAGGUCUCUGUCUUUAAACAGCGGUAACAUGCACGAUAUGCUUGGUGACCUACAAAUCCUGAUACUUCUGGAAUAUCACAGGAAAUGCGUGGCUCUGACAAUCACAUGUACUUCUGAGGCGACUUUCAUUGGUACACCUGUCCACAACUCCUUCAGUCAACGGUUGUAAAUAAGUAUUCACAUUUUUCUUGGGUUCUUUAGGUCCAGGCAUUAUGCCAACAAGGAUAACAUUGUCAGUGAUGUAUGCGUAUGUAGUAUGCUUAAACGGUUGAAGUCAACGCCAAGUUAUAAGGGAGCAAAAGAAAUGGUCUACCUUGGGGGUUUAGGAACUCAUUCCAAACCCUACCAUCAUACACAUCCGUUAGAGUACCAGGUGUCAUGUGGCGAUUUCUAAAUAGGCGUGAGAAGAGAUUUUGUAGGGAGCAAACGAGACUUUGGUAACAGAACAUUUGUCGAGGGUAUAGCUUUGUAGUGAGUGUACAGUAAUAAGAAUACAGGAGACGGCGUGGUGUCCUAAUUAAAAAUAUCACAUGAAAAGCAUUGAAGAUUCCAUUGGCUAAAUUGAUGCUGAUAUGCGGGAUGGGCUACUUAGUCACUAACCUACUGCUAGAUCAACACUACGUUUGACCAAGUCCACUUCCCUCAAUUCCCGAGCACGCCAACGACAUGCUCUCCAACCGCUUGACCUCAAUGAAAGAGCUGGAAGAGGAUAUCAACCAGGGAUGCUUCUUCAAGAUCAAGAUCCUGUCUCUGAAUCAGAUUAUGAUCUUGAAAAUGUUGGAUCUACUCCUAGGAAUAGUUCAAUUUCAUCAAGGAGUCAUGUUGGUCAAGGAGUCAUGUUGGGGCCGGGAUGAUACAACUCCUCGAUCAAGCCAACCUAGAAGAAUUAGACGUAGUUCAUUACUACAAGAACAACAAGGUCUUCUACAUGAAGUAAUCAAAACCCAAAAAUCACUUGAAACAAAGACAUCGUUGCUGGAAAGAAGUUGUUGGACCUUGAGAAAAAGCCAGUUUGUUCAACAUCUCCCUCGAGUAGUAGUGAAGGCGCAAAACAAAAACGAAAGAGUCACUAGUGAAUUAUCUACAAAGGUAUCCACUCUGUAUGCAAGUCUCCAAAUAAAAUACAAUACCUCAGAAAGGUAAGGUAUUUUUUACCUAGUAUGAAUUCUUAAAAUUAGAUUGACAUCACCCACCAAUCAACGGAUUUUGUUAGAAAUUGUACAGGAAAUUUUAAAGCAGCCUGAUUGCAAGUAAAGGUUGGUUUGUUUUGAGCUUUGAAGUUGAAUGUUCUCUAAAUCAAUUUAUUAGUUGCCGCAAAGAGACAGUCAGCAUAUAUGGAGGAACAAGCAAGAAAACGGAAAUAUAGAUCUCGUCGUGAAAGAGUAAGCUUUCAGUUAUAUAAUUUAAUAUUGUUGUGGUAAUUGUCUGAGUACUUAUAAACCGUCUCAUAAUUACAGUGCAUCUAGUAUUGUAUUAUAAGUACAUAAUUAUAAUAUAGUAUUGCAAAGGUGUAUUGCAAAAAUAAGUAAUCCUUUAAUUGUGCGAGGUAGUGUCGCGACUCCAAGAGAGAUCGAUAAAUACUUGAACAUCCUGUAUAUGACUGAGGAGUCCGACGACUCAGAUAACCCAAAUGGGCUCAAACUUCAGUGGAGGUCUAAAAAUGAGUUUCUCAUCCUUGUUGGUGAAUUCAUGGAGAAAAGGCUGGAAAAAAGUAUAGUGCCAAAUCCAGGUCUCGAAAGUGCGGAAAGUUGGAAAUCCUUCUGGCACCUUCCAAUGCACCAGUAUGGGCAGAGCUUAGAGCCUGCAGUUGGAGAAUCACUUGAAGAUAACCAACUGUGAACCUUCAACCUACAAACUGAACUCGAACUUGUUUGCUAAAAUUUAUUUUAAUCAUUCCAUUUUUGGCAUUCAUGAAAUUCAUUUACAGCAGUUUA